AUACCACGGCUACUUUCCGUCGUUAUCAUAAAAAACAAUUGAUGAAAUAAAACAUUUAUUUAUACCAUGUAAAAAAUGUUUCCACAGGCGUACGGCGUACGUUAUGUAAAUAAAUUCCAGUAGUAAACUAUGUAUUCAUUUAUUUGCUAUGUACCUACAUAUAUACUUACAUUUUAUUACAAUUUAAGCAUUUUUUUUUUGGUUUUAGACUUAGAAUUGCAUCCCAGCCAGGAUAUACCUAUAUUGAUCGUUAAACUCGUCUGAUCUUCACACAUAUAAAGGAAAAAAUGAAAUUAAUCACCCUCUAAUCAUUUCGCGUUUACAAACUGUUUACAAAAUUAACACGUUCGCGUGAGCAACGUCUUACAACGUGGUAUUGAUAUAAGUAUGAAAAGGCGCAACGUCGUACGAUGGCCUCUAGAUUGUCAUAUUUAUUUUGACCGACCAUGUCAGACCUAUGUGGUGGCGACAACGUUUAUAGACGUUGGACGUGAAAUAACGUUGCGCCACAUAAAACAGAUUAUAAGACUACGUAUAACGGCGGGACGUCUUAAGACUUGGUUUAAUUUUGUAUGGGAAAAAGAUGCGCCACAGUACCAACAUUUAAAAAUGAGACUGCUCACGCGAACGUGUUAAGUAUCACAUUACAAAAGGAUUUUGCCGCCAUUGUCGAGCGAACGAAUCCGCGUGAAAUGAAACCCCCUCCCGUCAUUCCCUCUCAUUGGCCCAUUCCCGCUGCAGUUGUCUCGCGAGCAACGUGCUUCGCUUUUUAAAAAUAAUCGCAAUUUUUUAAUUAAGAACAAUGAUCGGCCAGAAUACUUUGUUCAGUGAUUAUGGAUAUGAAAGUGGCAGUUCAUCGAAUCAUACAUCAUGGCCGUCGUCUGGGGAGUCAUGGUCGCCUCUCCAGGCUCAGCCGAGAAACGACCUCAAGCCUACCGAGCAGAAGCCUGCUAGCUUCCAGGAUCUGGUGACGGGCAAGUGUACUCUGGAUGACAUCAUGAAGGACUUCCAGAUGAACGGCCAGGACUUGCCCUAUCCUUCCUACGAAAGCAUUUGGAGUCCCAACGCAGCUGACAGCCUAUCAGGCAUGGGUCCCUCCAGCGUCUACUUGCGUCAGAAGUCGUGGCCAUCAGCGGAGAACUCGCCCGCGCCGCGCCUGCAGCGCCCGCGCUCCGAAUGGAUACCGUCCACCACUGCUGACGAGUUCAACUCCAAUGAGUUCUCUACAUCCACGCCUUUUGAAGUUGAGGGCCUAUCAGGCUUGGAUCCUUCUAGCGCGUACUUGCAGCAGAAGUCGUGGGCUCCGGCAGAGUCCCCGGUCGCAUUCCGUCCGGCACGCCCGCGCUCCGAGUGGCUGCCGUCCAAUGACUAUACUAUUUCCCCGCCAGUUGAAGAAGUGGGAUCAGUUGGAGCAAACACGGAUACUCUGACGGCGGAGCACCGUCGCGUGCUGAACUCGCUGCCUGACAGGGUGCUGUUCCCUUUGCUGCAGAUACUCGAACAGGAAAGGGCCGUAGAGAAGCGCUUCAGGCGUCAAACUGAGUGUCGCUUCUGCAAGAACAACGGCGAGCGCGAGAAGUUCUACACGUCGCACAGCCUGCGCGACGCGGCCGGCCGCGUCACGUGCCCCGUGCUCAGCGCCUUCCGCUGCCGCCGCUGCGGCGCCACCGGCCCGAGGGCACACACCGACACCUACUGCCCGCUCGCCACGCCCGACGAGCGCAUGAAGUCAGCCGCCAUGAUGCGCAGCGUCCGGAUGGCAUCGGGGCGGCGCCGGGGUGCCGCGGCGGGCGCCGACUACGUGAUGUUCGGCGACGCCACGCCGUCGUGCCUCUCCGACAAUCAGGUGUACUCCACCUUCGCGCAGACCGCGCCUCUCGACCCUCUGUGGGCCGCUUUAGAGCAAAAACUAUCAAUUUAAUCAUCUAAUAUUCACCUAAGUACCCACUGCCGAGUUUAUAACAAAAAUAAACUGAGUUUUAUUUAACAACUGUUAUCAAGCUCGGCAUUAGGCUACUUGGGUACAAAGCAGUUGAUUCAUUCGCGGAUAGAUGGCGCUGUGCUCAAUCAAGGGGAAUAAUUUUGAAGAUUUAUAUUUUUUGUUCUUUGUUAUUAAAUUAGUAAUACUGAGUGAUAUACUGUACUACAGAUGUUUAUUAUGUGUUGACGGUUCUUUGAAUCAUGAUAUUUGAUACUUAAGAUAAAGUGAUAUUAUAGUUUGAAGGUCAGUAAUAUUAAACGGCUUAUGUUUAACUGAUCACCAGAAAUAGUAACAAAUAGCAGACAAAAAUAGUAAAUGAUC